CUUAACUUUUUGCGGCGCUGCAGAUUCAAAAAUAUUUAUUUUCAUCGUGAAAGCAAACAUUUGCAAAAGAAAGUUUUUGGGGAAUGGAGGAGAAUAUAGUGCAAUAUCUGUUGCAAGGCAACGUUGCUGUGAAUGCUGGUCCAAAUGCAAAAGAGGUUUUUCUUGACCAAGUGGAAAGUGAAUAUAACGAUGGAAAUAUUCUCAAAUCCAUUUUCUACCAAGUACGUGCGCUUUAUCAGGCUUCUCAGGACCGGUACUUUCAAAUUGAAUCGUCUGUAUGUGGAAAUCAACAACCACGCGAUAAGCCCAAAUUGGCGGAACAAUUGCUUCUAGGGAUGAAUGACUGGGAAAAGGACAACCUAAAGAGUAACAAGCUUAUGCAGCUUGCGCUGGAGAAAAUUAGUAUACCCAAUACAAACUGUAACACCGAAGAUAAGCCGCAAACAGUUUCGUGUAACUUUCUGCAAAAUAUCAUUGACCCUUUAGAAGGCGUGCGCAAAAUCGAAGAAAUUUGUCAACAACUGCCCAAAGAAUGGACAAUACUCCAAUUGUGUAAAGGACCUCGAACGGAAACUACCUUUUCAGUAUUCCGGCAAAUACAAGAGUUAGAUUCAAAUAUAUAUGUAACAUUAUUGAGGCAUGCACGUAGUAGGGAAUAUGCAACACCAAUAUGCCUGCGCUUCAGUGGACCAGAGCAGAAGGGGCUAUUCAAAAAAUAUGCCAACGUUGCAAAUCAAUUAAAGCAAUGCAUUAAUGUGGAUCCAAAAGAAUAUAACACGAAAGAAGCAAAAAAAUUAUAUUGGGAUAUGUUAUACGAAUUAGACCAGCACAUUGCACAAGCAUUGAAAGAGCUGAAAAACUUUUUUUUUCCUUGGAGUUUUCUAUUUACUGGUCAACCUUACACCAGAUCCCCCACUGAAGCUGCGUUGCUGCUGAGUAAGCAAAGAAAAGCAUUCGCUAAAGUCGAUGACUUUUGCAAUGAGUACCACUGGGAAUCACAAGAACGCGUUUUGCUCUCACUUACCGCCAUGAAAGUCGAAUCACUGUCGGAACUGGAAAUUCAUAAAAUUUGUGCAUUGCUUACAAGCAAUGGCCGCGAGCAAAGUAGCGCUGCUAAAUUACUAUUGAAACUACAAACUGCUUCAGCAGAAGCCCGAGAAGAUGUUGGAAGCGACACUAGCAACGGCACAAAAGAGCCAUCUAUUCAUCACUAUCCAUGCAUUUUAAUUGUGGAUGAGCGUCUUGAUCAUUUCUUUUGGGAGGAAUUGAACGUCCAACAAGAAUACUGUCGUGUUAGUUCUCUACAAUGUCUUUGGCGAUUGCAUACUCUUUACAGAGAACGCAUUCAUAGUGGGUAUCUGCGCGUAAACAUCACUGAUGGUGGCUGCCUUCUGAAUCCUGAUAACAAUUUACCAAAGACGGAGAUGCGCAUGCGUUGCUUUUUCGAGUUUUGGCUGCCAAACUGGUUGAAGAAGGUCGCACAAAAGCCAACACAAGACGAGCUCCUAAACGACUUUUUUAAGCGGAGUUGCUAUGUGUAUGCUGGCCACGGCUCUGGAUUGCAAUACAUCCAAGGCAAACAUAUUGCCCGUCAGCAAAUGAAUUGUGUGGUCUUCCUUUUUGGGUGCGACUCGUCACGUAUGCAGUCAAAUGGACUGUACAGCGAAUUAGUUGGCUCCCACUUAUACUACCAUGCUGCCAAAUGUCCUACAUUGGUUGGUACAUUGAUGCCUGGAUUGGAUGCAAACAUGGACAGUAUAGCGACGGAAAUACUUAGCCGCUGGAUAGCCCCCCAUUCGAGAAAUGUGUUGCCCUGGCAGUGUAUCGAUCGUGUAAGCUGGCAAAAGGAGGGCGUUGUAAAACCCUCAAAAAAUGAUAUGCCCACAGUAGCCGACGUCUCCCCAUACCAAAUAGGCAGCUUGUGUUGGGUUCUAGCGCGCAUACAUCAGCGUCGUACUGAACCAAAAUAUUACAAUACUGUGCCAUAUGUUUGCCGUGGACUACCAGUUUGGAAUUGCGACGUUGAACCCUUGCCACCGUUGCCAAAUAAGUAGAAGUACGCUGUAUUACUAUGAUAGUGCUAUUCGCGUUGGCAUUCGCAAUUAUAAUUAUUAAGUCUGUAUUAUGGCUUUUAUUUUUCUACCAAAAAAUGUUAAUUAUGUAAUUGGAAAAUCUUGUAUGUAUGUAUGUGAAAGCUUAUCAAUCCUUAUUUUUAAAUAGCAUAUAAGCAAACAUAUUUUGUAACACCACCAUCGGUCUAUGUACGUAUCAAACUAUAAAACUUCGCAUUAUGUAAGUAAGCCAUUAAAUAAAUCAUAAUUGAAUAUAAGAUAAAAUGAGCGUUACUGCUUAAGAGAGCCUUUCAACGAAGAAAAACUAUAACUGCGGUUUUUUGACAAAAUAGUAAGGAAUUUCCAUUCAAAAAUCUUACAUUUUUAUUUAACUUUCAUUACGAUAGCAUCUUAAACUAAUCUUAUUAAUGAUUAAAAAUAAAAGUAUAUGAGAACUCAAUGAAUUAC